AACACCAAUCAACACGAAUAUCUACAUCACCAUCUUAUUAAUGGCGUCACCAUUUCUUUGCGUCACUUGAUCGAGUACGUUGGAUUCGAUUUCUACGGCUUCCGUAUGCGAACUGUCGCGAUCUGUUUACUGUCAAGAAACUGUGUUUGCUAAGGAAUCCGAAGAUUUGUCCUGAUAAGGCAUAAAUAUGGGUCGUUAUAGAAGCCGUAGUCGCGACAGAGACAGAAGACGCAGAUCGCGCACUCGUUCGCGCAGUAGGUCACCGCGUGACAGGAGGAGCUGGGGAGGUAACAGCGGACGUGACAGAGCCACGAAUAGUCGUAACAGUCGCGGACAGCCCGGAGCUAACUUGAGAAAACCUCGAUGGGAUCUCAGUCGAUUGGAGCCCUUCAAGAAAGAUUUUUAUAUUCCCAACGACGCGGUGCAAAAUCGGGAUCCACGUGUUGUGGAACAGUACAGGAGUGAAAAGGAGAUCACGUUAAGAGGCAAGAACAUACCCAAUCCUGUCUUCAAUUUCGAUGAAGCUGGUUUUCCAGAGUACGUCCUCAAGGAGAUCAUUAGACAGGGUUUUAAUGAACCCACAUCGAUACAGGCCCAAGGAUGGCCUAUUGCUUUAAGUGGACGCGAUAUGGUAGGCAUCGCAUCCACAGGAUCUGGGAAGACAUUGUCCUACAUAUUGCCUGCCAUAGUUCACAUCAACAGCCAGCCAAAACUAAGCCGUAAGGAUGGACCUAUUGCAUUAGUAUUGGCGCCAACGCGAGAGCUUGCUCAACAGAUACAGCAGGUUGCCGAUGACUUUGGACACUUGUCAGGUAUUAGGAACACCUGCCUAUACGGCGGAGCACCGAAAGGCGCGCAGGCUAGGGAUUUGGACGGUGGCGUGGAGAUAGUCAUCGCUACACCCGGAAGACUAUUGGACUUCCUCGAGUCUGGGAAGACAAAUUUGAAGAGAUGUACAUAUUUGGUGUUGGACGAAGCUGACCGAAUGUUAGACAUGGGGUUUGAGCCGCAAAUCAGGAAGAUUAUAGAACAAAUUAGACCUGACAGACAGACAUUAAUGUGGUCGGCCACGUGGCCGAAGGAAGUGAAGAAUUUAGCUGAGGAUUUCCUCAAGGAUUACGCUCAAAUCAAUGUCGGCUCCUUGCAGCUUGCAGCUAAUCAUAAUAUAUUACAAAUAAUCGACGUCUGUCAAGAUUAUGAGAAAGAGAAUAAAUUAAGCACUCUGCUGAAAGAGAUAAUGGCUGAAAGUGAGAAUAAAACUAUAGUAUUUAUUGAAACAAAGCGUAGAGUAGACGAAAUUACACGAAAAAUGAAACGCGACGGUUGGCCCGCUGUUUGCAUUCACGGGGACAAGACACAACAGGAACGAGAUUGGGUUUUACAAGAUUUCAGAUCAGGCAAAGCACCAAUCCUUGUUGCUACCGAUGUCGCCGCGCGUGGGCUUGACGUUGAAGACGUCAAGUUUGUCAUCAAUUUUGACUACCCUUCCUGUUCCGAAGAUUAUGUUCAUCGUAUCGGUCGUACUGGCCGUCGACAGAAGACCGGCACAGCCUACACCUUCUUUACCCCCAGUAAUUCGAACAAGGCCAACGAUUUGAUACAAGUGUUGAAAGAGGCGAAUCAGGUGAUCAAUCCGAAAUUAUUGGAGAUUGCUGAUGGCAAAGCCGGCGGAUACGGUAGACACAGAGGUGGCAGAAAUCGAUGGCGAUCCCGAGGCGGCCGCAACGGAAAGGAGCGCAGCUAUUCGAGAAGUAAAAGUCGGAGCCACAGUAAAGAACGUAACGGUCGCAGCAGUCGGCGGAGCUACAGUCGUAGUUAUACGCGUAGUCGUAGUCCAAUCAACCGUACAGAGGUUAUCGGCAAGAGCUACUGGAGUAGUGAGAGAUGAUCUUCCAGCGGCGUGUAAGACUUCGCGCCAACGUGAUCUUUUCUUUUCUUUUUUUUUUUUUUUUUUUUUU